AUGCACGCCGAGCGCCUCUUCACCCGCGUGAACAACUCGGAAGCAAUAUUUAAUGGAUAUUUAUGGAGCUGGCGACUGUCGCCAGCAGUGUCUACUACAAACCUCAACGAGGUCCAACAUGGUACCACAAAACAAUCCCUGCGAGCUGGUCGUGCAACAGAUGAUCCAGGCCAGGACCUUGCCAACACAACGAUGAGAACGACCGGCCCUAGCGUCCAGCCGCACACGUCGUAA